ACACUUCAAUUUUGUUUUUCGGUAGUGAAGAAAAUCUGAAAUCGCAUGGACUGUGACGAACCUCUUCAGCAGAGCAAGAAACGAUUCACUCAGAACUCUGGCUCACACAGCCCGAAGCGAGCCAUGGCUGAGUUGAGGCACUCGAGUUCGAUCGGAGCUCGAUCCUCAUCUUCUCCGAUGAAGCGCGACGAGGAUUCCUCCCCUUUGAUCUCCGAUACUCAAUCAGACGACGACGCACGCGGUCGCCAUGUUCACAAAGAUCGCGGUGACCGUUCUUUCUGCUCUUAUUUUCACUCUCUUUGCCCAUUUCUAAACGAAGAUGUUAGGGUUUCUACGCAAAGCUCCAGGAUCUCAAUAUUCUUGCUCGUUUUUGUUGUUCUCGUCGCUUCGAUCUCGAUUUUCUCCGUCGUUAGACUUGAGCAUGCUAGCUUGCCACCCAGAGGUUGGAACUCGUAUGAUUCUUUUUGCUGGACAGUUUCUGAGGAAGAGUUUCUGCAAAGUGCUGAAACCAUAUCUAAGAAGCUACUUCCUCAUGGAUACGAGUAUGUGGUUGUGGAUUAUCUUUGGUAUAGAAGAAAGGUACCGGGGGCUUAUGUAGACUCACUUGGAUUUGAUGUAAUUGACAAAUGGGGUAGAAUGAUCCCUGAUCCAGUUAGGUGGCCUUCUUCCAAAGGAGGAAAAGGGUUCAGUGAAGUAGCUAAGAAAGUACAUAGCAUGGGUUUGAAGUUUGGAAUUCAUGUCAUGAGAGGAAUUAGUACACAGGCUGUAAAUGCAAAUACUCCUAUCUUGGACACAACCAAGGGAAUCGCCUAUGAAGAAGGUGGAAAAAAAUGGACUGCAAAAGAUAUAGGGAUCAAGGAAAGGGCUUGUGCAUGGAUGUCACAUGGUUUCAUGAGUGUGAAUACCAAGUCAGGGGCUGGAAGGGCCUUUCUCAGGUCAUUAUAUGAACAGUAUGCCGAGUGGGGUGUUGAUUUCGUGAAACAUGACUGUGUAUUUGGUGAUGAUUUGGAUGUGAAUGAAAUAAGCUUUGUUUCAGAGGUUCUGAAGGAACUUGAUCGUCCUAUACUGUAUUCUUUGUCUCCUGGAACCAGUGUGACACCUGCCAUGGCCAAGGCUGUGAGUGGAUUGGUAAACAUGUAUCGGAUAACUGGGGAUGAUUGGGAUACUUGGCGUGAUGUUGCAUCCCAUUUUGAUGUUACCAGGGACUUUUCAACCUCUAAUAUGGUAGGAGCAAAGGGAUUGCUUGGGAAGUCAUGGCCCGACUUGGAUAUGCUACCACUGGGAUGGCUAACUGAUCCAGGUUCAAAUAAUGGCCCACACAGAAAAUGUAACCUCAACUUUUAUGAGCAAAGAACUCAGAUGACUUUGUGGUCUAUGGCCAAGUCUCCACUCAUGUAUGGAGGAGAUGUUAGAAACCUGGAUGAGGCCACUCUCAGUCUGAUUACCAACCCUACUCUGCUGGAGAUAAAUCAAUUUAGCUCAAAUAAUAUGGAGUUUCCCUAUAUUACUAGUGCAACAAGCUCAAAGGAGGGAGAUAAGAAUACCAAAAGAAAAUGUUUGUCUGAUAAAACUUUAGAAGUACAAGUUUUGGGUCUUACUAGCUGUGCAGACACAAAAGCAGUUGGUUGGUCUGCUGAAGCUGUAGAGCAAGAUUCUGAACAGAUAUGUUGGAAACUAAAUUUGGGAAACAAACAUCAGACACCACCCUUUUGCCUAUACAAGAGAGAAUCACGACUAACAUCAGAUGAAGACAUAACCGACGAACAACAAUAUCAAGGAAAACUUCAUUUAUUAGCAAACCAUCGAACUGGAUUUUGUUUGCAUGCUUCUCCAAAACGAAAGAUCACCUCAAAAGAGUACAAGAGGGGCUCAUUCUCGCCUUGCAGAAGGGAUGCAAAUCAGAUGUGGGAAUUGCAUCAAAAUGGCACCCUCACAAAUAGUUAUUCUGGCCUAUGCGCGACAGUGAAGUCUGACGAAGCUAAAAGCAACUCAGCCGGAGUUCGCUCUUGGAUUGCAACUGGAAGAAAAGGAGAAGUGUAUGUUGCUUUUUUCAACCUGAACCCAGUGAAGACAGUAAUAUCAGCGAAGAUGUCAGACCUGGCCAAGGCCCUACCUGGUGCCAAUUUGAAUGAUGGUUCAUGCAAGUACAAAGAAGUAUGGAGUGGGAAGGACUAUGGAAUAGCAAACCACUCAAUAUCAAUGGCUGUGGAAACUCAUGGUCCUGCACUCUUUGUCUUGAACUGUGUUAGUUCACUAUAAAUUUUUUAUAUAAAUUCAUAUGCACAUGUUCUUGAUGAAAUAUUUUCUUGAGAUUUAUUUUCUUACUAUAUAUAUAUUUUAUGUGGCAAAGCAAACCGUAAGUGAAAAAUCAAGAGUGGAAGGAAUAUGGUAUAUUAUUGUUUUCAUGAAUAGAAUAACGAAACAGCCCACAUGUAGGGUUAUUGUA